UAACCAUAAUCAUAAUAAUAAUCAUGUGUAUAUUAUUUACAUAAAUUUAACCGCAUUUUAACGACAUCGAUUCUCGAACGUGUGAAGUUAACAUUUAUGUAGUAUAAUAGUACUUACAUGUUUACAUGGAGAGUUAUUAUUAUUAUAUUUCAAUACUAUAGUUACCGUUCUUUUAACGGUUAAUUUGAAGUUUAAGCGACGUUCGAACGCAUCGCACUUGAGCACCAUAUUAUUAUAUUAGACGACGACGCAGCCGCCGCCGCCGCCGCACACGUCGGAAGAGUCAGACGCAUCUCACUUUUCCCGCACUCUCUCAGUCUCUCCUUCGCUCGCUCGCUCUCGGACGCCCGGACGUCUUCGUUGUCUCUCCCGCAUACGUCUUGCUCUACUUGCCCUGUCACUGUCUCUUUUUCUUUCUGUUUUUUUUUUCGUUUAGUUUAUUUUUAUUUUUCAUUUUGUCGUCGACCGAAAAUGCGUUCGCCGACAGUUGACCGCGUAGUUCGCUGUGUCGGUACGUGUGCGUUUGGAAAAUGCCACUGAGCUUGGGCGGUUCUCAACGGACUGCAAGUUGCCAGUCAACUAUCAUAAUUCAUAAUAUUAUUUUAGUCAGUCAGCUGUUUUGGCUGUACCUAACAAUAUACUUUUACGUGAAUUUAUUGUUUUCGUUUUCAUUUAUUUUAUUUGUUUACUGAAAACAAGAAAAAAAAACUAGUCAAAAAAUCUAAAAAGAAUUAUAAUUAUCAAUAUGAUGCAAAACGGAAUGGAUUCACUACCACAUAAUGGUUCAAUACAUACCUCAAGUACAAAUUCUCAUGCAUCACAAGGAAAUUCUUUGAAUGAAGAAAGUAAAACCAACCUUAUCGUAAAUUACUUACCUCAGACAAUGACUCAAGAAGAAAUUAGAUCACUAUUUUCUUCAAUUGGUGAAGUUGAAAGCUGUAAACUUAUUAGAGAUAAAGUCACAGGAUCUCUUCCAUCAGGUCAAAGUUUGGGUUAUGGUUUUGUUAAUUACCAUCGACCAGAAGAUGCAGAAAAAGCAAUUAAUACUUUAAAUGGACUAAGAUUACAAAAUAAAACAAUUAAGGUAUCAUUUGCAAGACCUAGUAGUGAAGCAAUUAAAGGGGCUAAUUUAUAUGUCAGUGGUCUUCCAAAACAUAUGACUCAACAAGACCUUGAAAAUUUAUUUAGUCCUUAUGGUCGUAUAAUAACAUCAAGAAUUUUAUGUGAUAAUAUGACUGAUAUGUUCACAGUACGACAAUUUGUGGGAAAUACUGGAGGAGAUCAUUCGCCGUCAAUUUCAAAAGGUGUUGGUUUUAUAAGAUUUGAUCAAAGAAUUGAAGCCGAACGAGCAAUUCAAGAAUUAAAUGGAACUGUUCCCAAAGGUUCAACAGAAUCAAUUACUGUGAAGUUCGCCAAUAAUCCUAGUAGCAAUAAAGCAGUACCUGCAUUAGCAGCUUAUUUAACUCCUCAAGGAGCUCGAAGGUUUGCUGCUGGCCCUAUUCAUCACCCUACUGGGCGCUUCAGGUAUAUUCCACUCUCCCCUUUAUCCAGCACUGGAAAGACCAUGCUAGCCAUAAACAAAGGCUUACAGAGAUACUCUCCAUUAGCGGGUGAUCUGUUAGCAAACUCCAUGUUACCUGGUAAUUCAAUGAAUGGAUCUGGCUGGUGCAUAUUCGUGUAUAACUUGGCUCCAGAAACAGAAGAAAAUGUAUUGUGGCAACUAUUUGGUCCAUUUGGUGCUGUACAGAGUGUUAAAGUUAUUAGAGAUUUGCAAACGAACAAAUGCAAGGGAUUCGGAUUUGUCACUAUGACCAAUUAUGAUGAAGCAGUUGUUGCCAUUCAAUCUCUUAAUGGAUAUACGUUAGGCAACCGUGUACUUCAAGUAUCAUUCAAAACCAAUAAAGGCAAAGGAGAUGCAUCCAGUUUGUUAAUGUCUCUUGCUGAUUCAUUAACUGACUGUUAAUAAUUUCAUCAAUCUUCUUCGAAUAUUUUCAAAUGUUUACAUAAUUCAUUCUCCCUUCUAAUACAUCUUUAACUGAAUUUCAAAUUCGCUGAUAUUUAUCAUGUCUGAAGAAGGUAAAUUAUGUUUAUUUAUUAAUUAUAUUUUUAAUUAGAUACAUUUAAAUUAAAUCGCGUGCACCAUAAUAACGUUAUCAAAAUAAACACUUUUCAAGGCAUAUUAUAAAUAAUAUACAAAUUAUAAUUUUUUUUUUUUAAAUGUUAAUAUUUCCUAAAACAUUUUGUUAAUGUUUGUGCAAUAUAAUUAUUAUUGGUACCCAUCUUAUAUAAACAAUUUCCCAUUUUUCCUUUACUUUACUUUUGGAACAGAUUUAAAUAAUAAUUGCGCAAGCAUAUUGACUGAUAGUGUUCUGUUCUAUUUAACGUUGCUAGUCUAAGAUAUUCCUAAUAUUUUAUAUUUUAAAUUUAAAUUCGUAAAUAAUUUAUAAUAUUUUCUUUUUUCUUUUGUUGCUAUUAUUCCAUUUAUAUGUGUGCGUGUAUUAUGUGUGUACAUACCAAUGUAAGUGUGUUUAUAUUAAAUAUAAAUUCAUUUGUAUUUACUAUAUAUUUAGGUAAAUAUCAUAUUUACCAAUUUACAUAAAAUGUCCAUGAAAAGCUAUAUGUAAGUCAAUGUAAUAUUUUUACUUUUUUACUCACUCUUGAAAUGCCAUUAGGUACAAGAAAAAACAAUACAUUUUAUGUACUUAAUAAAAAAUAAUCUUAUCUUCCCCCCUUACCCUCAAUAAAAGACAACUUCUGAUACAAUUUCAUAUUUUUUCAAUUUAUUUAUUGUUUAAUAUUUUUUGAGUGAAAGUUGUUACCAACAGUUGAGAAUAUGAAAAUGUAAUGAUUAAGAAACUAUUGCAAGAACUAUUAUUCAUAGAAAACUUGUUCAUUUUGCAUUUAUUAAUAAUUCUGAAAGAAUCGAGUCAAUUUCUAUAACGUACCUACGUAAUAUUAAGAACAUAUUUAUUUGUUUUUUUUGUUACUUGUACACAGUUGUCCAAGUACAUAACCAAAUUAUUUGAUUUGUUUUUACUUGCACACAAACCAGUGUGAUUAUUGAUCUCGAUGAACAGUAUUCAACACUGUUUAAAAACAAUAACAUGUAAAUCAAACUAGUACUGACUGUAGUACAGAAUGUUAUAACAGGUGGACUUCUUGGAGAUUAUUUAAUAAAAGUUAAUAAUUUAAUUUAAAAUCACAGGGUAUGAAGGCAAGUUUAAUUCGAAAAUAAAAUUCCAUCACUAAAAACUGGAUAUUUUUAAUGCUAUAUUUAUUUAAUACUCAUCCUGGAAUGUUUAAAUUCUUCUUCAACUACUAACAAAACUUACAGAUUAUCUACUGUUAAAAUGAUAAGAAAUAAUUUUAAUCUUAAAAGUCAUUGAUUCUUUUACUAUCAUGUUAGAGUUCUAAAUGUUAUAGUCCUAUCAAUUACAAUGUUACAAUAUUCAAACUAAAUUAUUUAUAAGUUACAGAUAAUUAAAAAAAUUACCAAUACACUCAUGAAUCAGUGAAUCACUUUUGAAAAAUGUUUCUAAGAUUGUUAUAAUUAUCUCCAAAGUCCACCAGGUUUUUUCAAAAUAAAAUUUGAGUUUGAUUUCUGCUUCUUUACUUUAUUUAAUCAAUUUAAGGUCUUUUUUGUAUCAUCUUCCGUGUAGUUAUAAUUUAAAACAUCAGUACCUGAUUACGCCAGCUGUAACUAUAUUUUUUGACCGAAUUAUUGGUCUGAUUGAUUGUUCCUUCAUAAUUUAACAUUCCAGCACGGUGUUUGAUAGUGAAAAUAUUAUGAUGUACACGGAUAACAAAAAUAAAAGUUCAUAAGUUUUUUAUUUUAUCAGCUAUAAUAAAAACGUAUGGAAUAAGAAAAGACUUAAAUAUAAAUAAUAUAAUGAGAAAGAGACUGAAAUUAGUUAUCAGUAUACAAGUUAUGAAAAUUACGUUAAAACAUUGAAGAUAUAAACCAUAAUAUUAAUAUUAAUCAUGAUAUAAUGUACUCAAUAUUUCUUGAAGAGUUUCUAAUUCCUUUAAAAAAACCAUCUCUAUUUGAUAUAAUCUAUAAUUAUUCGUGUAUCAUUAAUUAAACAGUUCUAGUUUAGUAUUUUGUGUAUAUGACACCUUAUCAAUCAAAUUA